AUUUGGCACUGGGAUUCAGUCCUAUUUCUCCUUCUUGCGAUUCCUGGUGUUGCUGAAUUUGGUGAUAUUUCUGAUCAUCUUUACACUGGUUUUGCUCCCAGUCUUGCUUACCAAAUUCAAGAUCACCAAUAGCAGCUUUGUGCUUAUUCCAUUCAAAGACAUGGAUAUACAAUGUACAGUAUAUCCAAUCAGCAGCUCUGGACUCAUUUACUUUUACAGCUAUAUAAUAGACUUGCUUUCUGGCACUGGUUUCUUGGAGGAGACCGGCCUCUUUUAUGGACAUUAUACCAUUGAUGGGGUGAAAUUUCAGAACUUCACUUACGAUCUGCCCCUGGCUUAUUUGUUAAGCACAAUUGUCUACCUAGCCCUGAGCCUUCUGUGGAUAGUGAAAAGGUCGGUGGAAGGGUUCAAAAUCAACUUGAUCCGGAGCGAGGAGCACUUCCAGAGCUACUGCAACAAGAUCUUCGCAGGCUGGGACUUCGGCAUCACCAACCGCAGCACAGCGAACCUGAAGCACAGCAGCCUGCGGUACGAGCUCCGAGCAGAUCUGGAGGAGGAAAGAAUACGGCAGAAAAUAGCAGAAAGGACCUCAGAGGAAACGAUACGCAUUUACUUGUUGAGACUGUUUCUAAACUGUGUUGUCCUGGCCGUUUUAGGGGCGUGCUUUUAUGCAAUCUACAUAGCGACUAUCUUCUCGCAAGAACACAUGAAAAAGGAAAUUGACAAGAUGGUUUUUGGAGAGAACCUCUUGAUUUUGUACCUACCGUCUAUUGUGAUCACGCUGGCCAAUUUUAUAACCCCGAUGAUCUUUGCCAAGAUCAUCCACUACGAGGAUUAUUCCCCAGGCUCUGAGAUCCAGCUGACCAUCCUUAGGUGUGUCUUCAUGCGGCUGGCCACCAUCUGCGUGCUGGUGUUUACACUGGGCUCCAAGAUCACAUCCUGUGACAACGAAAUAUGCGAACUCUGUGGCUACAACCAGAAACUCUACCCGUGCUGGGAGACCCAAGUUGGGCAGGAAAUGUACAAGCUGAUGAUCUUCGACUUCAUCAUCACCUUGGCUGUGACACUCUUUGUGGAUUUUCCUAGAAAGCUCCUGGUGACUUAUUGUUCCUCCUGGAAGCUGAUUGAGUGCUGGGGGCAACAGGAGUUUGCCAUUUCUGAUAAUGUUCUGGGGAUUGUUUAUGGGCAAACCAUCUGCUGGAUUGGAGCCUUCUUCUCACCCCUCCUCCCUGCAAUUGCAACCUUGAAGUUCAUUAUCAUCUUUUAUGUGAAGGAGUUGAGUCUUCUUUAUACCUGCCAACCCUCCCCCAGGCAGUUCAGAGCGUCCAAUUCUAAUUUCUUCUUCCUGCUGGUAUUGCUGAUUGGCCUGUGUUUGGCGAUAAUACCUCUGACAAUCAGCAUGUCACGCAUUCCUUCCUCAAAAGCCUGUGGACCAUUCACCAACUUCAACACCACCUGGGAGGUCAUCCCUAAGACUGUGAACACUUUCCCCAGCUCACUGCAGUCCUUGGUCCAUGGAAUCACGUCGGAAGCCUUCGCGGUUCCUUUCUUCAUAAUCAUCUGCCUCAUUAUGUCUUACUUCAUCGCCCUAGCUGGAGCACACAAGCGGGUGGUCGUCCAGCUCCGAGAGCAGCUGUCCCUGGAAAGUCGUGACAAGCGCUACCUAAUCCAGAAACUAACAGAAGCCCAAAGAGACGCGAGGAACCAACUGGACUGAGCAUGAUGAUAGUGCUGCCUGUGGCUGCUAAGCUGACCCAGUGAUUCUUGAGCCUGCAAAGUCCACCCUGGUUUUGGGUGGAGAUUUUAAAAUAUAUUUUUCUGAAAUUGAGGUU